GGUAGGGUGGAAGAAGAAGCCCGGAACCAAAACAACGGAUAUAGCUGCUAUAUAACUACAGGGCAGAAGCGGAGUUAUAUUACAUUUAUACAGGACAGACCUCCGGGCUGCUUUAUCCGUCGUGUGCAGACCCCCGGGCUGCUUUAUCCGUCGUAUACAGACCUCCGGGCUGCUUUAUCCGUCGUGUGCAGACCCCCGGGCUGCUUUAUCCGUCGUGUGCAGACCUCCGGGCUGCUUUAUCCGUCGUAUACAGACCUCCGGGCUGCUUUAUCCGUCGUGUGCAGACCUCCGGGCUGCUUUAUCUCAUAUUCGCUGGUGCGGGACCGGCCGGUUCGUCCUCGGUAAACGCAGCCUGGUUCGUUAACCUCGUGCUUGCUGAGACCGAUUAGAGCUGAGUGCUGUCGGAUGUUGGGCUCUCUCAGCUCAGUCUCAGCAGCUCUGAGCUCAGUUACAGCACAGCAGGAAGACGAGCGGCCCGUGGUAGCCGUGAUCGGCGCGUGAGUACGGAGCAGACGUAAAGGUCUCGCGCGGCCGCUGAGCCCGUUCCGCAGGGACACAUGGGCACGGUCCGGUCCCGCAGCCACGAGGACAGCUCCCUGGACGGCCUGGACAGACAGGACGACAUCGCCACGUUCCCGUAUGUAGAGUUCACGGGCCGGGACAGUGUGACGUGUCCCACGUGCCAAGGGACCGGCCGCAUCCCGUCCGGUCAGGUGAACGAGCUGGUGGCGCUGAUCCCCUAUAACGACCAGAGACUCCAGCCACAGAGGACGAAGCUGUAUGUGGGGCUGUCGGUGAUCAUGUGUCUGCUGGUGUCUUCCCUUGUGGCCUUCUUCUUGUUUCCGCGACCUGUGCUGGUGGAGGAUGGAGGCGUCCAGUCCGUCAUCGUCCUCUUCGACCACGAGAGAAGCAGAGUCCUCAUCAACAUGACUAGCUCUCUGAUCUUCCACAACGGGAACUUCUUCACCAUGUUGGUGGACAGCGUGAGUGGUCAGGUGCUCUACAUGAAGACCAUCAUCGGCACCCAGCAGCUGGACGGCGUGCUCAGCAUCCAGCCCCUCAGCCAGAGACAGAUGAACUUUACAGUCAGCAUGGAAAUUGGUGGCAGCCUGUCCUAUGUGUAUGCGUUUUGCACCAUGGCAAGCAUCAAAGUCCACAACAUCGUUGUGUUUAUGCAGACCUCAGUGAAAACAUCCUACAUGGUGCGGAGUGCUCAGUACACACUGGAGGCUUAUCGCUACAUCGACUGUGGUGCAAACUCCACCUUACAUCACCCCUCAAGCAUCUUACUACCCUGGCAGGGGUGAAAGGUCAAACCUCAGUGGAUCUUUAGAAUUGGUUUGACUUUAAAACAAGUCCAGCCAGGGUGAUCGAAAAUGUGUGACAGUCUGGCAGGCUACAUUUCAACUCUGCUUUAAGUAUGGGGGAAAUUUCUGAGGACUGAAACUUGGAGUUCGACGAGUUCGACAGGUUAGCGCAAUUUUAGUGCCGAAUACAAGCUUAUUUCCAGCCCUGCUCAAUUCUUGAAGGUUUCAUUUCAAACUGAAAGCAGCACUUUGCUUUAGGGUGUGUUACUGUGCUUGAAUUAAAGGCAGAGGACGGCAAAGGGAUUUGAAAUAAUAGCAUCUGUGCACCUUAUACAUGGUGCUGUUUUCAUGUUUCUUUUUUGGUUAGGACAGCCUUGUGGCUAGUCGGUCACAAUGAGUGCAUAUGUAAGGCAGCUAGUAAAAGAGAAGUUGCUUGUUUGUUUUGUUUGUUGUUGUCAUAGCAGCAUGGGUGGGCUCAUGCAUAACAAGCUCAUCACAUUCAUUAAUGUAAUGACAUAAUGAUUUAAUAACAUUUUGUGGGUGCCUGUUUACAGACAUGAAUUGUGGGUAGUGUGUGAGCGAGCAGUAUUUUCAGUGUCUGGCAUGUUGUUGAGGCUCCAUCGGCCUCUCUCUCUCCUCUACUGUGCAGCAGUUUGCUCUGCAUGUGCUGUCGAAUACUUGAAAGAAAUUGUCUAUGUAAUAAAGAUUGUGGUAAAAAAGAGAAAAACUUUUACAUUUAUUUUAUUUUGCAAAAUGCAAAACAGGCACCCAGUAAUUCCAUGGCGACGGUUCUGGUUUGAUGUUUGCUGCUGACUGUUGCUGUUUUCCUUCUUCUGAUUUUCCAUGGGUGACAGGUUUUUUUCCCAGCACAAAAGUUUAUAAACUUCUGUUAAUAAUGUCUGUUUUGUUUCACUUGCAUUGAUGAAAAGUGUAAGAGAAUGAGCUUGAUUACUUAAAAUAAUAAUAAAGCAAUAAUAAAGGUUUAAUAAGUUUGUAUUGGUCAUCAAA